CCUCCUGCACUUCCUGUGUACUUGUCUGAAGGGGUGCAGGUUGUAAUCUUUAUUUUGAUGUUUCUCCACAUGACAACUGAUGCCGGAAUAAUUUAGUAAGAAACUUGCAUCUUAAGGAUUCAAAGAUGGCACUGACAAAGGGCUUGUUGUUGCGCUCCCUCAGUGUAGCCGGCUUUCAGUCGACGAAAUUGACAAGUCAGUUGGUCGUCCCUGCUACUCCGCUCGUCGUGCAAGCUGCAACCAUCACUAGAGGCCCAAAGAAAUGGCCGAAGUACCCCUUCCCGUACAAGAGACUGAGAUACAGAAUGUGUUACAGACUAUUUUGGCGUGGAAACGGUAAUCUAGUUCCUAACGAAUCGAAGGUUAUCGUUGUCGACGGCAACGCUGCGGUUGGAAAAUCCGAAUUUGCGAAGGAGUUGGCAGAAAGAUUGGACUUCAAAAUGUUCGAUGAACCCGAGGAACUCUUCUCGCGAUAUUAUACCUGGGCUGGACAGCCUGAUGAUCCAAAAGCUAUGAGUCCAAAAGAUGCUCAGACCUACCAUUUUCCGCAGUUUUUUUCUGAUCCUGGCCGCAAUAGAGGGGCGUGUAUUGGGCUGCAGUUGGAGUUGUUCAAGUUGCGAUAUUUUCAUUAUUGUAAAGCGUUGAACCACCUUUACAGCACAGGCCAAGGUGUUGUGCUAGUGCGUUCCCCAUUUAGUGACAGAGCAUUCGUGGAGACCUACUUUGAUCUAGGCUUACUGCCAGGAGCCGAUUGGCGUCGGGAGUUUGAGAUGUUUCAGUGGAGAAUUCUGGAUGACAUCCCUACGCCCCACCUGACCAUCUACCUGGACGCGCCCAUAGAUCACCUGAUAGACAGGAUAAAGGAACGUCAGCUCCCAUUUGAAGUGGACAACCUUGAAUUCACCAAGGAGUUCAUUGGGAUGCUGGAUUAUUGGUACAAGAGGGCCAUGUUACCAUAUUAUGAGUUUCAUGGUCGUCUGUUAUCCUAUUUUAUCUUGUAUUUCCAG